GAAUGCAAGUUAAAGAUAAUUAAACUGGUUUUCAUAGCAUAUAUCAAAGUAGUUAAAAUCGUUAAUCUUUACAGCAUCAUUUUGGCAAACGAUGUAUGUGAGUAAAAGAAUGAUUUUAAGCACAGCACAAGGGAGACUAAAUGAGAUGCAUAUUAAUUGCUUUACUUUUCUUGAGCAUAAAUACAUUUCAUAUAAUCAUAAAGAAGAUAUAAAGUUGAUAACAUUUUACUAUUUUACACAUUGUUACUUUUUAUAAGAAGGAAAGAAAAUUAAAUAAUGUAACUGUGUGUGCGUGUGUAUUAAAUGUGGGGUAACACAUAUUCUUAUCGAUUUCAUAUGAUUGUGACUGUAAUUUACAACAACGACCUCCUUAUUCUUAUGAACUAUAAAAAAGUAGCUAUUCAAAGUUAUUAUUUAUUCCCUUUUUUCUUCUUCUUUAUCUUCUUUAUUAUUACUAUUUCUUUUGUAGGUAAGUCAUUAAAUAAUACUAUUUUAUUCUUCUUCUUCUUCCCUGCCCUAGGAGGAAAUUCUUUUUCUCAUGGUUACCACUUAUGUACCGGGCUCUUGAUGAGGAAGACACCCUAUCUUGCCCUCCUUGAAUUAGGAGGACAUUGUAGGGUAUCUUGUUGAUUCAGAGGGCGUUACAUAUUGUGAUCGCUAUGGUUUUUCUAACCUCCUAGUAAAAAUAAAAAAUACAAGAACAAAGAAGGU